CUUCCUCCCUGUUCUCAUCCUGUGAGUGCCCAAGUCCAGCCCCAGAGACACUGCAGUUCUCUGUCCUCACCUUCUCACCUGUAUUUCCUGCCCUUAGGGCCACACCUGCCCUGCAAAGUGAAACCCAGCCAGGAGCUCAGGCGCAAGAAGAGCCCAAGAGAAGACUUUCCAGGCUCCUGAGCAGGAGUGUCAGAAGUCAGGACAGGCAGACCCAGGAUCACAGCAAUUAUGGCUUCAGAAUUCAUGAUGAAUGUAAAGGAGGAGGUGACCUGUCCUAUCUGUCUGGACCUCAUGGUGGAGCCCGUGAGUGCCGAUUGUGGUCACAGCUUCUGCCGAGCCUGCAUCACACUGAACUAUGAGUCCAGCAAAGUCAAAGAAGGGGAAGGCAUCUGCCCUAUGUGCCAAGUUAGUUACCUGUUUGGGGAUCUGAGGCCUAAUCGGCAUAUGGCCAACAUAGUGGAGAGGCUCAAGGAGUUCAAGUCCAGCUCAGGGGAGGAGCAGAAGGUGAAUGUUUGUGCAAAGCAUGGAGAGAAACUCCAGCUCUUCUGUGAGAAGGACAAGGUGGCCAUCUGCUGGCUUUGUGAGCGAUCUCAGGAGCACCGUGGUCACCAAACAGCUCUCAUUGAAGAGGCGGCCCAUGAGUACAAGGGGAAGCUCCAGGUCGCUCUGCAAAAGCUGAUGUCAGACAAGAAAGAAUUAGAGAACUGGAAAGAUGACCUUCAAAAGGAGAGAACUUCCUGGGAGAAUCAAAUACAGAAAGAUGUAGAAAACGUUCAGACAGAAUUUAGAAGACUAAGAGACGUCCUGGACUCUGAAGAGAAGAAUGAACUGCAGAAGCUGACGCAAGAGAAGGAUGACGUUCUGAGCAACCUGGCAGAGUCUGAAAGUAAGCAUGCCCAACAGAGCAAGUUGCUAGGAGACCUCAUCUCAGAUGUGGAGCGUCAGCUGCAGUGCUCAGCCAUGGAGAUGCUGCAGGGUGUGGAUGACAUCAUAAUAUGGAGUGAGGCCUUUUCAGUGAUGAAGCCCAAAGCCAUCCCCAAGAAACGAAGAAGAGUGUUCCAAGCCCCUGAUCUACAAGGCAUGCUGCAAGUGCUUCAAGAGCUCAUGGAGGCCCGGCGCUACUGGGUUCAAGUGACACUGGUUGAGAACAACAAUCCAAACAUCACCAUUACUGCAGACAAAAGAGAAAUAAGAUAUGAAGAACAUCAAACAAGAAAUAUUGCACCUGGGUGUGAGAACUCUCAUGAUGGUGUCCUGGGCUACCCAUCUAUCCAAUCAGGAAAGCAUUAUUGGGAAGUAGAUGUGUCUGGAAAAAGUGCCUGGGUUCUGGGAUUAAGUGAUGGAAGCUACCUCUUCAAUCCGAUAUUUCAUUCAAAUGCUGAAAGCCGCCUAAAUCCCUUAUUUCGUUUGGGUGUUAGCAAUGAUUCACAUUAUCAACCUAAAUAUGGCUUCUGGGUUAUAGGGCUGUGGAACAAGUGCGUGUAUAAUGCUUUUGAGGAGUGUGCCAUCACAGGCAGGCCCAAUGUCCUGACCCUCUCGUUGAUGGUUCCUCCCUGUCGAGUUGGCGUUUUCCUCGACUAUGCAGCCGGCACUCUCUCGUUUUUCAAUAUUUCCCACCAUGGGACUCUCAUCUACAGAUUCUGUGCAAAUUCUUUUCCUGAUAAUGUUCUUCCAUAUUUUAAUCCUAGGCGAUGUUCAGUGCCAAUGACAGUAUGCUGGUCAGACUCGUAAAACUUCAUCUGUUUCUCUGUAGGGCCAUUGGCUCUGGUGUGUAUCUUAUUUGCCUGACCUCUUGGGCACCAUUUUACCCAUAUAUAUAUAUGGAGAUAAUUUGCUGUCUCUAGCCUUCCUGUGUGAACAUCUUUCACUGGUGAAUAAAAUAUAUUCAUUCUUUGGGCCAUAUUCUCAGUUCCUUGGUAUUUUAGGUAGGAAUAGUAAAUCAUUCACCAUAUAUUCAAGGACAAAUAUUUGAGUCCUCACUAUGGAAGAUAACACUGCUACCAAAUUCUUCCUUUAUUCUCGGUGGCAGAGACGGAACCCAAGGCCUCAUGCUUACUGAGAAGGCGCUCCACGACUAGUGCCUGCCUCAGUUCCCCUCAUGUCUCUAUACCUCAUUCUACUCCUCGGGGAAAGGAAAAGAAAGGAAGUUCUUCAACAGCUUGUCUACUAGUUUUGAGAAUUAUACGUAGGAGUCCAUGGUUAAGAAAUGUACCCUUAGCAGUAGGUCAUUUUCACCAUGAUGCUUCUUCAUCAAGGAACUUAGGAGAAAACAUCACAAAUGACAGACACUAGAAGUCAGCCGUGCGCUCGCUCACCUAGGCCAUAUGUCUACCCAAAGUGGAAUGACACAGAGACAAUUAAUAUGGCCCCCGCUGAAGGAUGACACACACAUUCAUGAAGUGCUCCUUUUUUGUUUUGUUUUGUUUUUUGGUUUUUUUUGUGACAGGGUUUGUCUGUGUAGCUCUGGCUGUCCUGGAAUUCACUUUGUAGAUCAGGCUGGCCUUGAACUUAGAGAUAUCUGCCUGCCUCUGACUCUCAAGUGCUGGGAUUAAAGGUAUGCACCACCACUACCUAGCACCUGGCACAUGUUCUAUAUUUUUGAAGAAUAUUAGCGUCCUAAAACAUCUUAGCAAGACAGACAGAGACACACACACACACACACACACACACACACACACAUACACACACGCACGCACGUGCAUGCACACCCACACACUAGAGGGAAAGAGAGAGAGACAGAUUGAGAUAGAGUAGACAAUGUGUGGCCAGAGUACCUGAGUUCAAGUUCAAGUCCUGGUUCUACCAUGCCAGCGGUUCUAGCACACUUAACAGAUGUGCUUAUUCUGUUAUAAUUUUGCUGUAAAUAGUGCAGGUGCCUCAAGCCAAUGUAAGGAAAUGAGUAUGAAGCUGGCGAUACAGCUCAGUGGGUAAUAGCCCUUGUCACCAAACCUGGGCAGCUGAGUUCGAUCCCCUGAACCCAUAUCCAUACAGUCUUCCCUCUGAAUUCACACACGCUGUGGCAUACAGAGACUCAGACACAUACAUCAACAUAAAAUGAGCAAAUGCAAUUUUUUAAAAAAUAAGAAACUCAGUAAGUAUAGAGCAUCCACUGAAGUUUCUCAGUUUGUUCUGUUAAUUUCCAUGAGCUAUACACUGUAUUGUAGUGUCCCAUGAAGCCAUGGGCAAGUGGGGAACAAGGACCGACUUUCUACCAGUCUUACUUCUAGUCCCUAGAUAACUCCCAUGAUCACAUGAUUCCAGGGUUCUCGUGAGUGUCCAUGCGUGUGUAUGUGUCUUCUUUCUCACUCUUGAGAGUGAUUUGGUACCUUACCGAGAACUGAACUUUGUGACAUUCUAAUCUUUCAGUGUGUAGUAAACAUAGACAAUAGAGAAUUUCCUAGAGACUUGCCUUGUUCCAGCAGUCCAGUAUAGUGUCUUGUUCCACUGGGGGAGGGGUGUCUUUAUCACUGUGACUAAGAUUCUGUAUCAGAACUUUCAUGGUAGCUCAUUUGUGCUAUCCCUGUAUCUGGGAGGUUGUGGCAGGAAAAUUGCUGUGUAUUUGAAGUCUCACAUACAGAGUGAGACACCAUCACAAACAAAAAUAAAGUGUAUGUAUUGGUUGAUUUCAAAACCAUUGCUCCACUUUGUUGUAAGAAAUGAAAUAACUAGAUUGCAAAAUCCCAGAUUUUUUUGUUCUAAUAAUUUGUAAAUAAAUGUUUCUGUUUGUUAAAAUUCUUAA